CACGACAGGCCUGUCGACCAACGGCGGCACCGGCCAGUCCGUCUGCCUGUGGGUCCUGCCCGGCUACUUUUUCAACUCUGCCGUGGCUGUCCUGUGCCAGCAGGGCACGUUCUCGGACACGACGCGCCUCAGGGCGACAGCGACCAACUGCACCGCGUGCGCGAUGGGGACCAGCACCAACACCACCGGCGCGACGAGCGCCGCGCAGUGCUUCUUCGUGGCGCCGGGGUACUUCUCGGUGGACGGCGUGAACGUGCUGCCGUGCGCCUCAAAUUCUUUCAUCGCGACGGCGCGGCCGAAGACGGACCUCACGACCUGCGCCACAUGGUGA